AAAAAUAAAGUUAAUGAUCUCUCCGAAACGAAACGUUGUAUUUAAAAAUCCCUCAACGCUGUUUUGUAUAGCUCAAAUUGGUUCAAAUAGUACCAAUGAGAAAGUUUUUUAUUUUUUGUAUUUGUUGAAAUAACAUUAAAAAAACGGCAAAAAUCGGUUUUUCUAUCAUAUCUUCGGAAGUAAUCGGAAUUUUGUGGUUUUCUUGACAGAAUGAUAAUAACUCUUCAAUUGCGUAGUUUUCCCUAAUUUGACCAUCUUCGUAUUUUCCAUGGGUUCCGAGAUCCCCUAAUCCCUUCUCUGGGACCUACACUGUGUAGGUAUACGAAAAGUUAUGGCCAUUUGGCGAGUUAAUUUUGCAAGCAAGCAAUAUUCAGAAAAUCAAAAUUUGAAAUCAAUUUUCAGAUAAAUCUAUACGCGAGUAAAAAAUGACGUGAUCUUUACGACGGCUCAAGACCGAUUAAUUCAUUCCUCUCUUUUCGAGUAGUUUUAAUUAAGAAGACAGUUUCCUUAAACAUAUUCUUCUUCUUGGAAAAAUCAAAGAACUAUGAAAUUCUACAUUCACAUAAACUCUUUAAUUAAUGUAAAAUAGUCUGUGUAACGGGAGCCUUUUAGUAGUUUAAUUUUUCGAAUUUUUGUAGGGUUGAAAGUUGAAUUUAGUUACGAAGGGUGUCCAUUAUAGGGUUGAUAAUUCCAAAAUUAUAGUAAAUCGAGGUUUUUAAAGGUUCUUCGCUAUGUAUAGCUUUUGGCGACAUUGAGUUCCAUAUACUUUAUAACCUGUUAAUGAAUUUCGGAAGCUCUUGACCCUAGCGCUAACGUAAUUUGCGGAUUUAAACAAAUCAAAUAGCUAGUGGUAAGAAAUGACCGAUUUCAUUUGCGCCAUUUUGGGGUAUGAAUUAAUUAGAAAAUUAGGUAGGGAUGCGUCAUUGAGAAGAAAAAUAAAGACAUUCUUGUUGGAGUCAUAUAGCGAUGUUCAGUUGUUCGAAAACAAAAUGUUAUUUAUAUUUCCAGGUUUCAUAUUAAUUAAUGAAAGUCUCCUCACUGAGUCAAAUAUUUAAUAUUAAGAGGUGUUAUGUAUGAGGUACUUGAUAUUCCAUUUUCUUGUACAAGUUUUGUCAAGGGGAUUUUUGCACUUUAGAAAUAGAGAACUUGGCUACCUAUCGUUUCCGUAAAAUUUUUAAAUUGGCCAUUUUAAAUAAAUCUGGUUUAUUUGUCUGGAAGAAAUAAUAGAAGGUUGAAAUCGAAAGUUGAUCAAAAUUUGAAUAUAUAUUAAAAUUAUUAACCAUCAAGGUGGUUGAAGGUGAAGCGAUCAGAUUUUAACUUUUCAUGUGGAAAACCAAAGAAGUUUUUUGACUGUGUGAAAUGUGCCAGGAUAAGUAGUGUGAACGUCACUCCAUUUUAGGCCUACUUCUAGAUCGCAGACACCGUACCUAACAACCAUUUAGUUUGCGAAGUGACGUUUUAUUCUCUCAAAACGUAUCUUUGUGAUAAACAUUUUGGAUUAAAAUGGGAGUGUGUUGUUCUACCUUAGAAAAAGACCCAAGCUUUCAACGUCUCCCCUACGAUAUGUCUAAGCUAACAACAAAUCCCGUUCCGUUUAUAUGGAUGGUAGGUGCUUCUGGUACGGGACGUCACCUUCACGCCCGCACGAUAUCAGAAAAAUUUAUUUACGAACUGAUAUCGGUCUCAAAUUUACUGCAAAGCGAAGGAAACCAGCCGACUGAACGGGGGAGAAUAGUCCAUGAUGCUCUUCGGGAUUCAACACGCAAAGUACCCGACGAGAUAGUGAUAGAUUUACUUAAAGAAGAAAUUCUAUCAAAGGUUCGUGGAAGUAACGGUUUCCUAUUUAAUGGUUUUCCUCGUACCGCUCAGCAGGCGUCCAUGUUCGUAAAAGAAAUUGGAAAUGUUGAUGCCAUUAUAUAUUUGUAUACCGAUAUGCAAGUAAUGAUAUCGCGAAUUCGGGAAAAGAAAAGCAAAAAUCUUCACGAGAACCUACUCAAACGCCAAAUUCGUACUUAUACGAAGGAAGUAAAAAAGGCCGUAUCUAAAUAUGGGGCUAAAAUAGAAAAGGUGUGUGCCGAUGGUCCUCCGGGCGUUGUCUACGGUCAUAUAGAAGCAGCAAUAAACGUACGGUUGCACGUAAGAGCUACGUCUAUAUACAGCCGAAAUUAAAGUUAGACACGAAUUUGUUUUCUUCUAACAGAAUAAAGAUUACAAUAUUUGCUUUCUGCAUUCUCAUUCAAAUUUAAAAAUUCAGAUAUACUACUGGUAACCUCCCUCAUCUACUUCAAAACACUCUCUGCAGUCCGGGGGUUCGUUGAAUUCCUACACGAGUGCCUACUUAUGGAAGGGUAAAAAGCAAAAUGUAACACCUAGUAGGUAUAAACAGAUUUUGUACAAUACGAAGGUAACGUAAGGGUAUCCUUUUACUGUUUAAAUGAUAAAUAUUUCAUUCUUUUUACCCUUAAAGGCACGGUAAUGAAUUGAACAUACAAAAACAAGAAAAAUGCGAUUGCACAGUAUUGAAGUCUUUCCCGGUGCAUUCGGUUCGAUUACGAACUGCUUUACUAGCGUAUUUCCACAAGGUCGGACUUAUUUAUUAUUACAAAUCUAAUAUCUAGAAAAAUAACUUGUCAGAAGUUUCUGGUGACGUAAGGGGAAUUUCUCACGGAUUCGGCGGUUUUUAAGCUGACCUGAAUCGGAUCUGACUGACCAAAACUGUCGCCUCCGCGGCCCAUAUUUGCCAAAAAAUUUACCCAACAAAAUUUUGAAAAAAAAACCAAUCCUCUAAUGAGACCACGCUGUGCAUUUUAUAACAUUUAUCUAUCGAUCUUUAUUGAAAGGAUAUUCGGAAUAUGGUCGUUUAUCAGUUUCGUCUCUUCAAGACUAUUAAUCCAAUUUUAACCAAAGUCAAUACAUUGAUGUAAGAAACGAGAGUUGACAUUGAUAUUCAACAUUUUUACAAGAUCGUUCCAUGCAUUCCUAGAAAAUGUAAACCAUAGAAUCGCGAAACCAUACCCAGAUAAAAUUGGAUAUACUUAGAACAUUCUUUUAACAUGCUAGAAGGGUAUGUGAAUAUUCCAAACAUCCAUAGAAAGUUCCAUGAAUAUAUACGUUCGUCUGGCACAUUUUCACCUUUGUUUAACAAACGCAGGUAUACCGUUUUAUUUAAGAGAAACGUCACUCAUUUCGCCAUAAAAAAAAAGUGUAUAUUGGGGUAAAGUGGAAGAGCCUCGGGAAGAGCAGACCAAUUAGUCUGAACUUCACCCUUUCAGUAUUGUAUAUUUGAUAUAUCGUUAUGCCUUAUUUUUCAUUUUUGUGUUGUUACUUUUGUAUAUAAUAUGUGAAUAAAGGUCAUUAUUAUUAUUAUUCCAAGAAUAUUCAGCAAUGAAUAUACUGAGAACACACUAUUAACAUAUUCCUCAAUCUUUCGGUAUUGAAUAUUCUGUUACAAUAUUCCCUGGAUGUACGGGGGGUAUUC